AUGGUGGACAUCGAGAAGGGCAAGAAAAUCUUCGUGCAGAAGUGUGCCCAGUGCCACACCGUGGAGAAGGGGGGCAAGCACAAGACCGGCCCCAACCUGAGCGGACUCUUCGGCCGCAAGAUCGGCCAAGCCCAGGACUUCUACACCGACGCCAACAAGACCAAAGGCAUCGCCUGGAAUGACGAUACGCUGAUGGAUUACCUAGAAAACCCCAAGAAGUACAUCCUGGGGACGAAGAUGAUCUUCGCCGGCAUGAAGAAGUCCGAGAGGGCCGAUUUGAUAGCCUACCUUAAACAGGCCACCAAUGAGUAA